AUGCGUUGUGGUUCCUGGGGCGUGUUGCAGCAAGCGAUGGCAGUACUGCAGGAGUCGCAGGCGCGCCAGCUGUGCCUCUCGGCGCGCGACAUCUUCCUGCAGCAGCCCAUGCUGCUGGAGCUGGAGGCGCCCGUCAACAUCGUGGGCGACAUCCACGGCCAGUUCGAGGACCUGCUGCGCCACUUCGACAAGCUGGGCUAUCCGCCGGCGGCCAACUAUCUCUUCCUGGGAGACUACGUCGACAGGGGCAGGAAUUCACUCGAGGUGAUAUGUCUACUGCUCGCCUACAAGCUCAAGUACCCAAACAACUUCUUCCUCCUGAGAGGGAAUCACGAAUGUGCCAGCAUCAACAGAGUGUACGGAUUCUACGAAGAAUGCAAACGACGGUAUAGCAUCAAAUUAUGGAAAACAUUUACAGAUCUUUUCAACUGUUUGCCUGUAGCGGCCCUCGUGGAGGGCACAAUUUUCUGCACGCAUGGGGGCCUAUCGCCUCAGUUGUCGGAUUUGAACGAGAUCCGAAACAUCCCUCGGCCCAUCGACGUGCCAGACUCAGGGCUGGUGUGCGACCUGCUGUGGUCCGACCCGGCUGAGGGCGUGAGCGGCUGGGCGCAGAACGACCGCGGCGUGAGCUUCGUGUUCGGGCGCGACGUGGUGCAGCGCUUCCUGCAGCGCCACGGCUGCUCGCUGAUCGUGCGCGCGCACCAGGUGGUGGAGGACGGCUACCAGUUCUUCGCCGAGCGCUCCCUGCUCACGCUCUUCUCGGCGCCCAACUACUGCGGCGAGUUCGACAACGCCGGCGCCGUGCUGGGCGUCUCCGAGGACCUCACCUGCUGGUUCAGCGUGCUGCCGGUGAGCCCUCUUCUGCACGACGGAAACGAGAUGCUUUCUUUAAAAAGAUUUUUGGUUUACUAUGCCAUUUACUUCAAAUCUAAAUAUUUUUCCUACAACUUGUAG